AUGAAGUUCAUCGGAGCAAUCAUCUUCGCCGCCGUCGCCUCCGCCGGCGUUCUUGCCGAGCUCGAAUCCGAAGACUUCGUUCCCGCAGUUGGCGUCUCCGAGGCGCUCGCCAUUGCCUCCAACAAGACUGCCGCUGCUUUUGCCACCUUCCGUCAAAAGCUCGAGGCUUCCGGCGACAUCGAUCCCUUUGCAAACUUUGCCGUCGAGGCUCAUCUUGAGUUCAUCGAGACCGAAUUCGGUCACGUUCAGAUCCAGCUGCUCAGAUACAAGGAGACGGCCGAUGCCGGCAAAUGCGUUGCCGUCGGCGAGGCAAUGAAACCCAUUUCGACCGAGUUCAAAGCCGCCGCCGACUUGAUUCUCCAGAAGACGGCCGAGAGCCUGAAGCAAACCGUCCAACUCCGUUUGAAGCCAAUCACCAUGAUUCUGGCCAAGACGGAUAAGAUUUUCUCCCCCAAAAACUGCCAGAGGAGGACAAAGAAGCCCUCCCUUGCAGGCUCGAGACCAGGAAUUUACAGGUAA